GAGAUGGAGACCAAAGAGCAGGGGGACUCGAGUGAAGAGGGCGACAAAGGGGCAGCUGAGGAUGAGACGAGUGAAUCCGGAGACUCACAGCUGAAAGGAAGAGGGGUGGCAGAGGCGUACCUCCGCAGGCUGGCUGCAAUCGAGAAAAAUAAAGGACACGGACCGAAAGAUCCAAGAAAGAUAUUGAUGCUGUCUGAAAGAUCUUGGAGUCUCUCUCGUCUUCCGCUCUCAAACGACUCCUCAAGUCAAAGAGCUGCCUCAAAAAAUGCAAGCACAACGUUGCCUCUAUGCAAGAAAGAAGACCCGACCAAAGACAGAAGGAUGGAUCGUAUUUUAAAGCGGCAGGACAGCUGGUCCAACUUUUACACAGGAAAACAGGAUGAGGAACAGAGCUCGGAGUCUAUCAGGCCUCAGGAUGGUUUCAGUGCUCUGCUGAGGCGUCAUGGCGGCUCCAGGAGAAACUCCCUGCUGCGCUGGUGCCAAAGUCGAACCCAAGGUUACAAGAAUAUUGAGAUCACCAACUUCAGCAGCAGCUGGGAAGACGGUUUGGCUUUCUGUGCCAUUUAUCACACCUAUUUACCGACCUACAUCCCCUUCGACAGCCUCAAACCAACUGACAAGAAGGAAAACUUGGAUCUUGCAUUUAAGACGGGGCAGAGUGUGGGGAUCACAGCCACACUGUCUGUGGAGGAGAUGCUGAAAGCGGACGGGCCGGACUGGCAGAGGGUGCUGGGAUACGUUGAAAGUAUUUUCCGUCACUUUGAGACGUGAAGGACUGAAAAUCCGUCCACCAAAUAGUGUUCUCAAAACGACCUCUUCAACCUGGAUUUAACGCUUGUUUUUCAGUAUUAAGACUUCGGUUGACUUUGGUUGACUUUUACAUCCAGAAACAGCUGCUGGCUGAUGACAGGACGGAAGAAACCUAACGGUUUCGUUAUCGGAAGACUUAUUUUCCUCCAUACACAGCAGUGAUUGUUGCAGGUCGAUAUGCACAGGACACUAAAUUGAAGUACUUCCAUGUUGCCGUCACCUCAGUGGAUGCUGGGUGUGCUGGUUCUGCACAGUUUGCCUUUAAAAAAGUGAAUGAGC